CACGUGUUUCAAUAUGGCGGUCGUGGUAGCGAGAUUUCUCAGUUUUAUUUCAUUUUGAGGAUUUGAAAGAGUUAGGGAACUAGGAUGACAAGAAAAAAAGAUAAGAAAGAAGGCAAAGUAACAUCGGCGCUUGAUGAGCAAACUCUUGGUUACUUCAAAAGAGUGGAUGAUGUAAUCAAAGAUGACGAUUUUGACGACGAGGAGGGUCGAAAACUGUUCAUUGAAAACGUCUUUACGCAAAUAGAGAACAACGAAAUCAAACUCUUCUGCGAUCAACUGAUAAGUAGAACUUUAGAAAAACUUAUCAUUUAUUUCAGCGAUACCCAAAUCCGUAAGGUCUUGCAAAACGUGGAGGAUCAUUUCUGUAAACUUGCGAUGGAUAAAUUCGGCAGCCAUGUCUUACAAACUCUGAUUUGUGUCAUACCGAAAACGAUAAGAUCGGAACGCAGUAAAAUAAGGGAAGUUGCACAGGAAUUUAAAGACUUGAAAGGUGCAGAGCAGUUGUUUUUGGAUCUCUGUGACUCCUUCAAAGAAAAUCUUUCCGAACUUGUGAACCAUAUUUAUGGAAGCCAUGUUGUUCGAGCAGCUAUUGAAGUGCUUGGUGGAGUAAAAGUUUCAGACAAUGUUGUUCGUAGCCGAGCGUCUCGACAAAGUAGGGAAAGAGAUAGUCAUUCAGAUGCGAAAAAGCCAUUUAUCAAGCUAAAUCAAGGUAAUGCGAAGAAAAUUGUUUAUAAUGUCCUGCCGUACCAGCCUAUGAACAGGCUGUCUGGCUAGCGGAUGAUAAAGGGAGAAGGGGAGAAACCACAAGGAUGGAAGGGGAGAGCAUAUAUGGUUUACAGUCACAUAGUUCCAUGGUCAGAUUGUUCCAAGCCAGAUGGUUCCAUUUUAUAGUCAGAUCUUUCCACAGUUUCAGUGUAAAACUGUAUGUGAAGCGCCUUUUUGGGCUUCUUGGCUUAAAGAACAAGGUAUACACAUGAUUAAUGCUCUUGUUUCUGCUCGUGGCUUAAAGACUCAUGAAAAUUUCUGAUUACAUUGUGGAAAGAGCUGCAUAUCAAGUGGAACUAUCUAUCUUGGAAUGAUCUCACCAUGAAACGAAGUGACCAGAUACCACAUAUUCAGUCACUGCUAGAGGUCUAACCAUAAAAAUGUUUCUUUUAAUCAUUCAUUCAUUGCAGCUCCUUUCCUUACCCCAACUUUCCCACAAUCCACUUUCCUUGCCUCCCCUAACUGGAACACCUGUUGUCAGACUAUGUAAUACUACAGGAACAUCUUCCAAAAUUAAAAUUCAGAGAAGUGUAUCUGCCAUUCCAUCAGUCAGUGGUUUAGCUGUGUUUUCAUUCUAUUUUCCAGUGGGAAAUGCCUUUGGAAGUGACACUAUCAAACCCAUGGAGACCAUUGCUGUUCCAGACAGUUUUUACCCCAUUUUGAAACAGUUUACCAAGGGUAUUAUCAAGAUGGAUCUGCAGAAGUUGGUUCUUCACCCUAUUAGCAACCCUCUGUUGCAGACAUUGUUGUUAGUCCUUCAUAUGAAGGAUCAGUCAUUAUGUAUGAAGCUGUGUAAGGCAGUCAUGUCACAAAUUGAUAUGCUUAAGAACAAAACGGAUACAAGAAAACCAAACACUGAUGACGAUCAUCAAAAUACAAAGGAUAAAAGGUACACUGUACAUGUACAUAGUGUGUCAUACUGCGUACCUCACUAAAGGAAAUUAUCGCUUCUUGAAAUUAAACACAAUAUUCAAGAAUUCUCGUUAAUUUAAUUAGUUGCAUUAAUUUUUGUAAACAUUAGAUUCUUUGCCAUUAAUUAAGACUAAAAUUUAGUGAAGCAGUUAUUUCUGCGACCUUUAUAUCCAGUAUGUUGGCCCCAAAUUCUCAAUACACUCCUGACAUUCUUAACACCUACAUGUAAGAAAGAGGAAUGUUUUUUAUUAGGGUUAAGAUUUAGAAUUGUUCAGUGAAACUGUGAAGAACAUUCACAGAGUUGUAGCUAGUGGGGAGGCAGGGGGGCAGGUUUCAUCAUGCAGUAUUGUGAAAUGUUUAGUGUACUUAUAAAGUGCUUGGAUAUAUGGUGUGUUUCAAAUUAACAGGACCUCGGAAAUAAAAUUUGUAGAUGAAACCCCAUGGUGUUACCAUUUGAAUGAAACUUAUUCAGCUGUAAUUUUACCCAAUACCAUCAUGUUGAUUUUUCAGCAUUUUUUUUGUCAAAUUUUGACAUUGGUCUCUUCUGUUAGGAAGGGUUUAACUGUAAAUACUCCGCUCUGCUGAAUUUGUGGGAAAAAGUCAAUGAAUUAUUCCGUGAUGCAUGUAGUCUCACUUCCAUUUCUUUUAUUUUCAGUGACUACAGAGUUCCUGUUCUCCUUUCCAAUGAGAUCAGCAGUCACAUGAUUGAAAAGAUUCUACAUGUGAUCACACCUGACCUUUGGCAGGAGAUUUUCGAGACGUACUUCAGUCCACACCUGCCUCAGCUGGCCCAGCACCCCAUUGCUAACUUUAUUGUGCAGCAUCUCAUGGCUAGUGCUAGAGAAAAAUUACAUGUAGGUUGUUAACACUUUCACGGACAUAAAUUAUGAAGUUUGACAAGCGAGUGGGUCAUAACAUUGAUUUUAUGGCAAAUUAAUCAACUGACUCCCUCCCCCCACCCGCUUACUAUAGCAGCACAAGUCAAGAGUUCAUAAUAGGCCAGAGAGUGAGUCUAAGGGUGUUGGAUGGGACAUUUUAAUUACAAAAAAGUUAUUUUUUAGAAACUUAGUGGAUCACGUGGAAACAGUUUCUGUUGAACUGGUUGACUUUCAGAACACUUGCUUGCAUGAUUCAGUGCACCAAGGCAAGGCAGAGUCAAGAAAUUAAAAAAUGGUGGCCUAAAUGGAGGGAUGAUAUGGAGGGACUUUGAUCUGGUAAAACUGUCCCAUUUCCACAUAGCUUCUAAAAAUAACUUUUUUGAAAUUAGGAUAUCCCAAGGCAUGAUUAUCCAAGCCCUAUUAUGUUUUGUUGUGCAAGUGUAAUGACUUGACAAUGACAGGAAGCUGGUUAAUCCCAAAGGCUUUGCAAAGCUAUGCAUCCACUCCAAAUUGUUUGAAAACAGAAGAUGGUCUGCAGGUAUUAUCGCAUUUUUAAAUAUGAUUAAAGUGCAUUGAAGGCUUAAUUCGAGUCCUAAUGCUCAUUGUUCUAGGAGCUACUUUGGGGGGUUUUCUCUGGGUGAAUACCUCAUUUUUCUCCCCUGAAUAUACACUAUCAUUUUCAGAUUCCAAUUCAGUUAGGAAUUUUAUAACCUGUGAAAUAGCCAUCUCUCCUCCCUCCUGGCAAAACAACCCUAGUGGCAAGGAGCGAGGAGAAACGGCUGUUUUUGCAGGCUUGGAAUUUUAGGAUCAGAUGUUUAUCAUUGAAAAACAUAUGUAAUAUGUACUUCCAUUAUAAAAUAUAAUCAAUUUUUUUUGUUUGAACUAAUUUUUGUCUGUUCUUCAUUUUAGGCAAAGCAAAUAAUUGCAGAGUUACUCCCUUAUUUAGAAGAUCUCCUUGCUCAGGGGCAUAUGGGUGUUGUGGUGAGAAUGGCAGAGACUGCAGUCCGUUUUUCAGUAAAACAGAAGAAGAUCUUAAAAGCUCUGUUGCAGGCCUUCCACUGUCAAGAAAAAGAUGAGCAAUUGAGCGCUGUUGUUCUGAUAUCAUCAUUAACAACCUACGAUAUUUUCUUUGGAACAAAAGAAAAUGGAAAAGAAGAUGGUGAUGAAAGCAGAAACACUUCAGAGGUAAGCUAGGAAUCAAAGAAUGAAACACGAUGAAUACCUUUUUAUUAUCCAUCAUCUUACCGUACAAUUCCGAAAAUAAGCCCCUCCAUGUAUAAGCCCCCCCAACCGGUAACGCAAAAAACCCUCCGUUAAAUCGCCCCUCCAAAUAUAAGCCCCCUGGGGGCUUGUACUUGGAAAAUUGCCCUCAAAUACAAAGUAAAACAAGGCAAAAACGGUAAGUUUACCUCCAACUAUAAGGCUAGCCCAAUCGAUUUUGAAACGCAAAUUUCCUUCCAUAGAUAAGCCCCUUCGAAUGUAAGCCCCUCCAAAAAUAAGCCCCUCAAAAAGGGCCUUGGAAAAAUAAAAGUCCGGGGGCUUAUUUUCGGAAUUUGACGGUAUUUUCGCAACUUUUCAGUUAGUUUAACAUGCGGUUUUCCCUCAGUUUGGUUGCUAUUCCCUGUUUUAUAGGACUGUUACAUUUCUUGUGGUAUUUCAUAAUUUUUGUUAGAACAUCCAAAUUAGCGGUUACCGUUUUGAUGGGACAAGACAAGACCAUGGUCAGCGGGGGGAUAGCCAGCCAAGUUUUUCUUUUUUCAACCCGAGUUGUAGAAGUCCUCAAAGAGCGGGCGAAGGGGUGGGUGGUUGAGGACAUAGUAGGACGCCAAGUUAACGGUGACAGAUAAACAAUUACAGCACAAAAUCAUCUUUCUGAAGUCACAGUGGACACUGACAUGGUGAGGAGAAAAAUGAACACAGUGGCGACUUUUUCAGUUGUAAGGUCUUCAACUAUUUUGAAAUAACGUUUUUAGUAAUAACAUUUGUAGGCAACAAUCACGUCGCUCGUGGCGCCAAUACCGUUUUGUGCUACAGAGAAAAAAAAUUAAUAAUUGUGUCUUCAUAAAAAUCCUAAAAAAUAUUAACUGAAUAGACAUAAAUUUUAAACCCUCUCUUCAAUCACAGCUGAUCUAUUGUUCAUUUUAAGCAAAAGCCGACUGCCAGUGGCAAACUGAAAUCUGUGAAUUACCAUGGAGCCAUGUUAUUGAAAGUCUUGUUUGACUUUCAAAAGCCAUCCAAGUUGGUCAAGAGUUUGCUCUCCCUGAGUCUGGAAGAAGUCUUGAUCCUUGCUAAUGAUCCUAUGGGCUCCCAUGCGGUUGAGGCGUUUCUAAAGAGCAGAUCUGUACCGUCUGAUGACAAGAACAUACUUAUUCAAAAGUUACAGGUAACUUCAACUUAUGCCUUCCCUGGGUAACAGAGGGGUACUUUGAUGCGUCGGUGUCGGCCACAGCCCGACACAUCUGCGGCCGAAGACCGAAAUCACGAGUAACCUGCGACCAGGCGUUUUUUAUUUUCGGGGAAAGGGAAAAAAAAAGAACGCGUCCUUUUCCCCUCGUCUCCCAAACAUAGAGGGAAGAAGGACACUUGAUCGCAGGUUAAGUCACGUGCGGCGAAGUCGCGAGAAAAAACUUCGCUUUUCGUGCGGGUCACUAUAACGGCUUAGUCAUAACGACUUGACCGAAACCGGAAACCGCGCAUGAAAAGUCUCUGGCACCCAGGGUAACUUAUGCUUGCUGUUUUUUGUCAUGUUGAAAAAGAAAAUCUAUACCAAACAAUUCAAGCGUCUUCCCUGUCUUUGAAAAAUAAAUCAAGUUCUUUGUCUCUUUGGUCGAGCUUGUGAUGUCUUCUCUUUGGCUUCCUUGUUUAUAAGCAUUUCGCAUUUUAACAGAAUUCCCGUCGUUUCGCCCGAUAGUCGCAUCGCCCGAUGGCGUCUCGCCCCGGCUUAAGUCGAUUAGCCCGAGGAGAUAAAACACUCCAAAACACGGUGAACAUACUUGUCAGAUAUGGCUUUUUUUAUUGAGGUUGGAUUCCACAUGUGCAGUCACUGUCUUUUUACGCUUAUUCGUUUUUUGGCCAAAGAACGACAAAAACAUAUCGGGCAAAUCGACUUACGUCCGGGCGAAAUGACGUGGGGCGAAUCGACCUUCGGGGUAAACAACCUUCUAACUGGUUUAUUUGACUAUAUACAUCUACCGUGAUUGCCUUUUUUCAGGGGGUCUUUUUAAAGCUUGCCUGCGAGAAACAAGGCAGUCGUGUGGUUGAAACAUGCUGGAGACAGGCGGAAGUGAAAUUCAAGGAAGCGAUUACCCGUGAACUAGCUGACAACGAACAUCAGCUGAAAGACAACUUUUACGGCAAAUUUGUGUUAAGAAAUUGCGGCGUUGAGCACUUUAAAAGAAAGGACAAGACUUGGCAUGAAAGGGAGCAGAAAGUUGAAAGGAAAAGAAAACUACUCGAGGAGAUUUUCGAAGAGAGAGACGAACUUCCAGUGUCUUCCAAGAGAGCCAAACCCGCAACAGAAAAUACGUUUGCCGCACAACUUGCCCCAGAAAUGGCCGCCUUAGGCUUCCCUGCUGGUGGAAAUUACGCUCAUGAUUCAGGCGAGGUAAUAUCUAAUUGCGCACCUUUCGUUAUCUCUUAGUAUACUUUACCUUGUACUUUUGAGAUCAGUAAAAAGAUGUUUGUGUUUGCCUGGAAUACUCUAAGGAAGCUUAAGCAAUGACGAUGGCAGUGAAAACGUUGCUAUAAAAAAUGAAUUUGCGUCGUUUCAAACUUUCCCGGGGGCGCGUCUAUUUAGACCCGUUCAAUUUGUCAAAUGUAGGCGAUUUUUCCUGUAGUUGAAUUCUUAAGGACUUUAUCCGGUUUAAAAAAAAGGGGAAAAUUCGUUGUCGUACAUUCACGUCCUCCAUAAACAUCGCAUUAGGGGUUUUCACUUCGUGGUCGUGCAGUGGACGUAAAAAAAUGUACUUAAAAGCGUGGUGUACGUGCAGAGCUGUUGUUUUGCACAUAAAACCAAUUCUUUUGUUGUUGUUGCCGUCGUUGUUUUCGUCGUGGUUACCUAAGCUCCGUGUUGUUGAGGUCCAAACAUGCUAUGCGGCAUUGUUCACGACUAGCGCGCCUUGUAAAGUUCUCACUUGAUUUCAUACGUUUGGGAGCUAGUUUUUUUACCUCGGAAUGCAUGCAAAAUGUAAUUCACAUUCUUAUGUCGAUGACCUUACAAAAUUUCAGUCAAGGCCUGAAGUUGUGUAAGUUACUAUUGAAGUGAAUCACCGGUACUCUUCCUUCGUUAGGACGAGUAACUCGUUAGAAUUCUUCCUCACUGUAACGCGCAAAAGACUACGAGUGGUUAAUCUGUACGCUUGUUGCUUCAUUCAGGGCGAUGACAGUGAUAAUAUAAACACUGGAGGAGAGCCCAAGAAAAAGAAGAAGAAGAAGAAAUCUGGAAGCAAAAAGAGCAAAACUGAAAACUCUGAUAUAAACAGUCUGGAUGAGGAGGACAAUUUUGCCGAGAUGGAAUUCAUUAACAAUGCUAUCAAAGCAACUAUGGCAGUGAAAAAGUCCCAAAAUGAAAAGAGAAAGAAAAGAACAAAAUAA